AUGGUGCCGAUAUUGAUUGCCUUGCUUGCGGCCACGGUGAAAGUUGUUGAGAGUCAAUGUUGGCGCGACUAUCCCUGCAGUGGUCCCAACAAUGCCGCAUUCCCAGGUCCGUGGGAUCAAAACAAUUACGCCCCGGAAUCUCGGUUUGUGUCGCCGAGGUGGUCCCUCCUAUGGCCGAACCUGACCUCAGUGCCGUAUGCGAAGGCGCAAACAAUCAGCGGCAAUGGGUCAUUGGUGACCUAUGACUUUGGUAAAGAAGUCGGUGGCAUCGUCCGCUUCUCAUACACGAGCAGCGGCGCAGGGACGCUUGGUAUUGCCUUUACUGAGUCCAGGAAGUUUGUCGGCUACGUAUCAGACUCGUCCAACGGUCUGUUCACUGGGUCCGAUCUAUGGCUCAAUGUCACUUUGACGGGCCAGCCAGGCCAGUAUGUCAUGCCAGACGAGGUCUUGCGAGGUGGCUUCCGCUACAUGACGCUAUGGUUCUCGACCAACUCAAGUGCCACGGCUGUCUCAGCCCAGAAUAUUACCGUCGAGCUGGACUUCCAGCCUACCUGGUCCAAUUUGCGAGCAUAUCAAGGAUACUUUCACUGCAGCGACGAACUCCUCAACCGCAUUUGGUAUGCCGGCGCAUAUACCUUGCAGAGCAAUGCCGUCCCUACCUACACUGGCCGACAAGUGCCCAUGCUUGCUUGGAACUGGGCGAACAAUGCCACGCUAGGCCCCGGCUACUCAAUUAUUGUGGACGGCGCGAAACGCGAUCGAGCAGUCUGGCCAGGUGAUAUAGGAAUUGCCGUGCCUUCGGCGUUCGUCUCCACGGGGGAUCUUGAGUCGGUCCGGAACGCCCUCCAGGUGAUGUACGACUAUCAGAACACGACGACCGGCGCAUUCGACGAAUCUGGCCCGCCUCUCAGCCAGAAGAACAGCGAUACAUACCACAUGUGGACCAUGAUCGGGUCAUACAACUACGUUCUGUACACGAACGACACGGCGUGGCUUACCCCCAUAUGGAGCAAAUACAAACACGCAAUGGAGUACGUGGUCGGCAAGAUCGACCAGUCGGGCCUCAUGAACGUCACGGGCACGAGAGACUGGGCGCGCUGGCAACAGGGCUUCCACAACACCGAGGCGAACACGAUCCUCUUCCAGACGCUCAUGACCGGCAGCAAGCUCGCCACCUGGAUCGGCGACCAGGCGACGGCAACGAACUGGAGCGCAACGGCGACUGCAUUGGCAAAUGCGAUCAACGAGCACACGUACGACGCCUCCGCCAACGCCUACCGCGACAACGACACAACCACGGCCCUGCACCCGCAAGACGCCAACAGCAUGGCGCUGCUCUUCUCGGUGGCCCCACCAGCCCACGUGCCCGGUAUUGCCAGCACGCUGGUCGAAAACUGGACGCCCAUCGGCCCCGUGACGCCGGAGCUCCCGUACAACAUAUCGCCGUUCAUUUCGUCGUUCGAGCUGCUCGGCCGCCUGGCCGUGCGCGACACGGCGCGUGCGCUCGAACUCCUCCGCACCCUAUGGGGCUGGAUCGUCAACAACGCGGACUCCACCGAGUCGACGCUCCUCGAGGGGUAUCUCGCCAACGGCAGCUUCGCGUACCGCUCCGACAGAGGCUACGCGUACGACGAAAGCUACGUGAGCCACGCCCACGGAUGGAGUUCCGGGCCGACGAGCGCGUUGACGCACUCGGUCUUGGGACUCGAUGUGCGAAGCCCGGCUGGGCGGGAGUGGACGCUCGCCCCGCAGACGGGGAAUCUGGCGUUUGCGGAGGGAGGCUUCACCACCGUGCUGGGCAAGUUUAGUGCAAAGUGGCGGGUACAGCGGGAUGGUGUGCUCUUGACGUGGGAUACGCCGGUCAACACGUCGGGUAGGAUUGUGUUGCCUGUGGAUGGGCAGGGUUCUGCUGGCACGGAUAGCCCAGAGGUUACUGUGCAGCUGAAUGGAGAGGACAAGACCGUGCGAGUGCAGUCGAGUGCCGUGAGUGCUUUUGGUGAACAUCUCGGUGAGAUUGAUGUUCCUGGUGGGAAGGGGAUGGUUUCGUAUCCCUUCGGGUAG